GAGAAUUGGGAGUAGUGUAAAAAAUAAGGGAAAGAAAAAUAAUGUAUAAUAAUCGAUCUCUCGAAGUAUAUGAUUCAAAUUUUGGCGGGAUUGGACAAUAGGAAAACGUGGGUUUACACGAGAAAGAGAGAGAGAGAAUCAAAGGAGGCCGCCCGUGUGUGGAGAAGAUUAUUCGAAACUUCUUGAAUAAGAACGCGAGGAACGCGCCGACGUUACGGGACUUUGUUCGAUGGUGGUAGUGUGCACUCUUGGUGGUGGUGAUGGUGCUGGUUUGCGGUAUAACGCUUAACCGAUGUUGGUGAGCCAACGUGAUUUUUCUUACGUUGUGCAGUGAAAAAUUGAUGAGUGAUAAAACUUGUGUAAAAAAUUUUGAUUAAUUAACUUUAUAAACAUUCAUUAUAUUUUUGACAAAUUGAGGUUAAUUUUUAUCAUUAUUUAUUAUCCGGAUUUCAAUUGGAAAUGGAUUCUAGUUUUGCAUUACAAUAUUUCAACAGCAGCAACAACAGCAGAAGCAGUCAGAAGAUCGGAUCGAUGAUGUUCCAGAGAGAGGUUUCUGAAUGAACAAGAUUUGGCGGUGAGGGAAAGUUUCGAGAAUGCGUUGAAUCCGAAGCCAUCGUCGUAGACGAACUUGGGUUGUGGGAAUGGAUUCGACCUUGUUGCUACUCCUUCUAGUCGCAGUCUCGUGGAGCAUCCUCGGAAUUGUCCUCAGUCAGCAAGGUCCGGAAUUCGUUCUCGAGCCACCAAGCACAUUAGUUUUUUCCAAUACAACUGGUUCACAAUUGAGUUGUUCAGCACACGGGAGUCCAACACCUCACGUUACCUGGAUAACUAGUCCUGAUCAAAGAUCGGUUUCAGCGGUUCCCGGAUUGAGACAACUGUUGGGAAACGGUACGCUUUAUUUUCCACCCUUUUUAGCUCAAGACUUUCGUGCUGAGGUACACAACGCUAGAUACAGAUGUCGAGCUACCAGUUCCGUUGGGACUAUACUGUCUCGCGAGGUAACUCUACGUGCAGUCCUUACGGUUUCCGGAUAUGACGUAAGAGUAAACAGAUCGCCAGUGGUGGAGGGUUGCAACGCCGUCCUAUCUUGUACGGCACGAGAGGACAUCAAAGAACAUCUUACCGUCACUUCGUGGUUCCGAGACGACGCCAUACUUUUGCCCGGAAGCACCGACACCGGUGGAAGAUUCGUGGUAACGUCGCAAGGUGAUCUACACAUAAGGGCAGUCAGACCUGAGGACGGUAGAGUCACUUACUCCUGUCUGACCCUUCACGCUUUGACCGGUGAACGAAGAAGAAGCGAAUCUGCCACUUUGACGGUCAUCGAGCCCACAGGAUCCAUGCCACCGAGGUUAAUGCAAAGAUCGCAAAUUGCAAUCUCCGCGGAGAGCGGAUCGGACGUGCAUCUAACCUGUUCUGCCCAGGGAAGCCCACCACCCCAAUUUACCUGGUAUCGCGACGUUAACGGACAACCUAUACCAGUGGAAUCGUUCAAUAGGAUUCAACUUUGGGGUGAUUUGAUGCAAAUUCGUCGCGUGGACGCACAGGAUGCCGGAAGAUACAUUUGCCGAGCGAAUAACCAACUAGGCGAACAACGAGCGGAAACGCAUUUGUCGGUCACGUCCAAGUUGAAUGCUAGGAUUCAGCCUCGUCUUCAGGUCGUCAAUUCCGGUGAAACUGCGACGAUGAACUGCACGGUCGAGGGUUAUCCGGUUGAGAGCGUUGAGUGGCUGCACGAUGGUGUACUGGUAUUGACCGGGCAGGACACGAGAAUCAGAUUGUUGGCUCCCAUGGUGCUCGUGAUAGGAUCCGUUGGCCGUAGAGAUAAAGGGAUGUAUCAAUGUUUGGUGAGGAGCGACAAGGAAAACGCUCAGGCAACCGCAGAAUUGAAACUGGGAGAUACGCUUCCAGAAUUACAAUACACUUUCAUCGAGCAAGCACUAAGACCAGGACCACCUGUGUCUUUACGAUGUUCAGCAACCGGUUCACCACCACCGUCCUUUACGUGGUUACUCGAUGGUGAACCAUUAAGCGAAAUUGCAGCUGGUCAUAGAUAUGCUAUAGGCCAAUAUGUCGAUCAAUCUGGAGACGUUAUUAGUCAUCUAAACAUAUCGUCCACUGGAACGGAAGACGGUGGACUUUACGCUUGCGUAGCUUCCAACACAUUGGCAAAAGUGAAACACGAGGCUAGACUGAAUAUUUAUGGACCACCCUAUAUCCGAUCGAUCGGACCUGUACGUGCUAUUGCUGGUUUUGACACAACUAUAACUUGUCCCUAUUCUGGAUAUCCAAUCACGACGGUCGAAUGGUCACGUGGAAAUGUUGAACUGCCAUUAGACAUAAGACAUCGCGUAGACAGUAGUGGUCAUUUAACUAUAGUUAACGUUGAUCCACCCGAUGCUGGAAUUUAUAUAUGUAAAGUACGAGCUAGAUCAGGAGAAACUGCCAGUAGAGAGAUUCGACUGACUGUCAGCAGUCCACCGGUUAUGAGUCCUUUCAAUUUUCCUCCGAAUUUACAAGAAGGUAGUCGAGCUCAAGUAACGUGUACCGUCAUAUCCGGUGAUCUUCCUAUUUACUUUUCUUGGUUAAAAGAUGGUGAACCUUUACCUUCAUCUCUUCGAAUCGAAGAGAGAGGUGCCGAAUUCUUUAGUCUAUUAGUCUUCAAAGAACUUUCGUCUCGCCAUAGUGGCAAGUAUACUUGCGUAGCAACAAACAGCGCAGACAAAGCUAAUCACACAGCGGAAUUAUUAGUCAAAGUUCCACCACAGUGGAUCUUCGAACCACAGGAUGUAGCAACUCUUCUUGGCAACCAGUUGAACGUUCAUUGCGAGGCCAAGGGUUUCCCACCACCUCGCAUCACAUGGCUUCGCGCCAGAGGCAGAACUUCCAACGAUUAUCAACCCCUAGUUGAUGGUCUCAAUGGCAGGCUAACAAUAUUAUCUAAUGGUUCUUUAUGGACAGCGUCUGCGGGACCAGAAAACGAGGGUCACUAUCUUUGUCGUGCUAACAACGAUAUUGGAUCCGGAUUAAGCAAAGUGAUUUAUGUGUCUGUACACGAACCGGCAAGAUUCGAAUUUCAAAGUAAAAACGUGACAAUUCGUCGUGGUGAAUCGGUUACAUUAGACUGCACGGUAAUAGGUGACAAUCCUAUAGAAGUUCAAUGGAUGCAUAAUAGCGAUAGAUUGGAUACGAAUAGUCACAGGCUUAGUAUCAGUCAAAUUAAAACUGAUAAUGGUUUGAAAUCUCAACUUUCUAUUGGUAGUAGCGAUAGACAAGACUCUGGUGUUUAUAGAUGUACUGCUAGCAAUGCGUAUGGUAGAAGCGAACAUCUUAUUUAUCUAGCUGUACAAGAAAGACCCGAUCCUCCUGCAUCACUUGAAGUUAUAGAAAUAGGAUCAAGAUCAAUACGAUUGUUAUGGAAAAAAGCUUUUGAUGGAAAUAAUCCUAUAAGAAAUUACGUCAUUCAAUAUAGAUCUCUUAGUCAUGGUAUUAACGAUGAUUGGAGUCCUGCUAAAACUCACAACGUUACACACUCGCCAGGAAAUCCUAACGUUGCUAGCAAUGCAAUACAUCCAACACAAAAUGGAUUGUCACCUUUUGAAACAACAAGCGACGAUCAAGAGGUAGCAUUAGUCGGUGGCCUUCAUCCAGCCGUCACUUAUACUUUUCGUGUAUUUGCAAUAAAUUCUAUCGAUGCUAGUGCUCCUACUGAACCUGUGGUAGCUAAGACUCAAGAGGAAGCACCAACUGAAUCUCCACAAAACAUCAAAGUACAAUCGGCAGGACCUGGAGAACUUGCAGUUAGCUGGCAACCACCUCCUAAGGAAUCAUGUAACGGAGACCUUUUGGGCUACAUAGUAACUUGGUCGGAACAUUCAUCCUCGACAUCGGGUGUAAAUCAAAGCAAAAGCCUUACGGUGAAUGGGUGGGCAACCACGAAAGUACAGCUCACUGGUCUGAGAAAAUUUACCAAGUAUGACGUAUCUAUCAGGGCUUUCAAUAGCAUAGCAAGUGGCCCGAGUAGCGCGCCUAUAGUUGGAACCACUCAGGAAGGAGUACCAGAAACACCUCCUACACAAGUUACAUGUGUUGCAUUGUCUUCUCAAUCCGUUAAAGUAUCUUGGAAUGCACCACCACCUCAUCAACAUGGUGGAAUUAUUCAAGGAUACAAAGUUUAUUACAGACCAGUGCCUACUGACAACAUGGAUAUCUCAACGGUGGGUGAAGUAAAACGAACAUCAAGCGUGGAAACAUAUCUACACACUUUGUAUAAAUAUACAAACUAUUCUAUCAGAGUACUUGCAUAUACGGGAGCUGGUGAUGGUGUAUUGAGUCAACCAAUUUAUUGCAUGACAGAAGAAGAUGUCCCUGGACCACCGGCAGGCAUCAAAGCUUUAGCACUAACUGCAGAAAGUAUUCUGGUAUCAUGGUUACCACCUUUACAACCUAACGGAAAUGUUUCCAAAUACACUGUCUACAGCAGAGAAGCUGGUUCCAGUAAUCACAAUACUCAUACUAUGCAUGAACCUCCAUCAUCACCAACGGAUACUCUGACCAUGGAAUUACGUGGCCUAGCCGAAAGGCAGCUAUACGAAUUUUGGGUAUCGGCAACGACUGGCCUUGGAGAAGGAGAAGCAACAACUAUAGUAACGCAAACUACGAAUACCAGAGCACCUGCAAGAGUAGCUUCAUUCUCGCAACUAUUAAGAAGAGCUGUUAAAUCAUCGAUCACUUUAUCCUGUUUGAUAGUUGGCAAUCCUACACCACGUCCAAUUUGGACUUAUAGAAAUGGUCAAGUAUCAACUGGUAGACACUACGAAUUUACACCGGAUGGUCAUCUCCAUAUAUGUGCACUAGAACAAUCCGUGGCUGGAAAUUAUACUUGCUCUGCUAAGAAUCAAUUUGGUGAAGAUUCUGUAACUUACACAUUGGUAGUGGUCAUGCCACCGAGAUCACCGACUUUGGAACUUCAGUAUACAACAACAAAUAGCAUAAGACUUCGAUGGACUCAUCCUGAUAAUGGUGGUGCUACUAUUCAAGGAUACGUGUUGAGUUAUAAAAGAGAUCAAGGUGGUUGGGAAGAAAUCGCAUUGUCUCCUGAACAAACCGAAUUCAUACUAACCGGCUUAAAGUGUGGAUCAUCGUAUUUGGCUCAUUUAACUGCACAUAAUCGUGUUGGAACUGGAGAUCCGAGUUCAUUGAUAAGUGCAACAACUAAAGGAACUGCUCCUUUACUACCAAAAGAACGAGACAUCAUAUCAGCAAAUGGUACUUCUGUAAGACUGAACUUAUUAUCUUGGCCAAACGGAGGAUGUCCUAUUCAAUAUUACACCGUUGAAUAUCGUAAACGAAUUAACUCAGAACCAUGGAUCCUAGUAGCUAGUAAAGCUACAGAAAAUCUUGUAAUAAGAGAUUUAAAAACUGCUUCUUGGUAUUGUUUACGUUUAACUGCACAUAACGAUGCCGGAUCAACGCAAACUCAAAUGGAAUUUGCUACAACUACGUUAAGUGGAGUCAGUAUUGGACCACCGAACGAUUUGAUCAUGGAAGAUGAUGUGAAGAAGAGUAUACCGAAUCACAAAGUACUAUACGUCGUUGUACCUUUAGUUUGUGCAAUCAUCCUCAUCAUAUCAGCUAUCAUUCUAGGAUAUGUCAUGCUCAAACGUAACGGAAGGACUAAUUAUUUGGGGGAGAUUCUACCUGGUCAACAACAACAACAACAAACUGGACUUGGUUUAGUGCAACAACAACAACAUCAACAACAUCAUCAUCUAUCGAGUUGCAUGUCUACGGUUCAACUAAAAUCUACAGCAGAACGAGACAACAGACGUAAUCAUCAAGUAUACACGAGUUCUCCGGUGAAACAAGAAAAUCAUAAAUCAAAUGAUCAUGGAUCAGAAAUGUAUGAAAUCAGCCCGUAUGCAACGUUCAGUGUCCCAGGAAGAGAAAAUCGUUCGGUUACAACAGCAACGUUAGAUUACACCAUGCAAUUUAAAACGUUUGGUCAUCUUGAGAACGAGGACAUUAAUAGGAUCGAUUAUGAAAGAUCUAGCGUAGAUUUCGAAAGGUCCAAAACUCCUAGGUGGCACAAACAACGAUACUUCCCGAGCAUCGCCGAAGCAGAGAGCAAACUACGUUCGAGUCGACAAGGUUCCGGCAGUGAUACUUCCGGUAGCCCUUGCGGCGAAUGCGCCGGACCUAGUUAUAGAGUACCGGUCAAACCUUGUAGAGAUGUAUUUUCACGAGGGGUGGAAUCUAGCACGGAAUCUAACAACGAAGGUUCACCAUCGCUAGCGAGACGACGAAGCCGACAACCGAGCCGGUCCACUCGCAGUUCGGUGGAGGACAUGACGCUGUUGCCGCCAAGCGGGUUCAGCGACAGCCGUGAAUUGAGCGACGUGGAGUGCGAUCGUGACCGUGAUCGUGAUCAUGAGCGUGACCGUGAUUGGCAGGGCCUGUCCGUCGGGGCCCGCCAUGGCGGCAGCUUGGGUAGACUCCCAAUUGAAGCCGUCGAAACUAUGCUCGCUAGGUACCAACAAAGAAAGGAACAAGAGAGACAGGAGUUCACCAUACACGUAUGAUCCAGAUUCGUAGACUCGACUAAGAAUCUUCUUCUUCGUGGGACGAUGUGAAUAAUAAUAAUUACAAAAUAAUCAUCGUAUAAAAACUUCCAUCACAUUCUUUAGGAAACAAAAAAAAAUACGUAAGAAAAAGAAAAAAGAAAAAAAGAAAAAAGGAAAAAAAAAUUACAAAAGAAAAAAAUAUAAAAUAAUUCUUCGGCCCGGGUAUCAAAUUCGAUUAACCCAAUCCCCUCGGGAUUAUAAUAAUAGUAAAAUAAUAUAGUAGAAUAAUUUUUUUUUUUUUUUUCAAUGUAAAUGGUGUUGUAUGGGAACGACACUUUUUAAUUAAUCGUUCGCACGAUUCAAUUUGAAAGAAUGAAAGAAAGRAAAAGAGAGUAUGACGACGUAUGCGGAUUCAAGUAUAAAAAAAAUAUUUGCAAACGUGAGAACGAAAAAGAGAUUAAAAAAUAAAAAAAUAAUGAAAUGAUAGAGAAGGGUAAAAAGAAAAAAAAACAAAGAUGAUUUUUGUAUGAUUACUGCCAUCACGUUAAUACAAUUUUUUUAAAAAUCUAAUAUUAAAUAAUGCACACAACUUUACGUAAAAUUCUAUUCGUAAUGCGUAAAGAAAUAAAAAAAA